AUGGCCAAAGUUUUGAUUUCAUCGUUGUCGGCGCGGGAACGGCUGGAAGUUUGAUAGCCAACAGAUUGUCAGAAAUUGAGCACGUCCACGUGUUGCUCAUCGAGGCUGGUGGUGAUCCGCCUUUCGAAUCCGAUAUUCCCGGUUUACCUCUGCUGAUGAAGAGGUCUCGCUAUGACUGGAACUACACUGCUGAAUAUGAUGCCUACAAGGACGUUUGUCAUCUACAAUCUUACUACGAAUUCACUCUUGGCAAAAUGCUUGGUGGCACUAGCUCUCUUAACUACAUGAUAUACCACAGAGGACAACCAAGUGACUUCAACUCUUGGGCUGACAUCGUUAAAGAUGAGUCAUGGACAUGGCAAAACGUGCUUCCGUAUUUCUUAAAAACUGGUAGAUUAGAAGAUCCCCAACUAUUAGGCUCAACAGAUAAGGAAUACUAUGGAACUGACGGCUAUAUAGGAAUUAACAGAGAUCAUCGUAAAGAGAUUGAGAAAUUCUUAGAAGCAUACAGAGAACUUGGAAAUGAUAUAGUUUUAGAUUUCAACGAACAUCAUCCUUUAGGCUAUUCUGCACAGACUUUCACUAUCUCUAGUAGAUCCCGACAGAGCUCAGCAUACGCAUUUUUAUCGUCAGUCAAGGAUCGCCGCAAUCUUCAUGUCUUGAAAAAUACCUUGGCCACUAAAAUAUUGUUCGACGACAACAAAAAGGCCGUGGGAGUGGAAGUACUGACAGAAGACGGUAAAAAGAUGAAUUUGAACGCUAAAAAAGAAGUUAUCGUAUCGGCUGGGACAUUUAACUCCCCCAAACUAUUGAUGCUGUCUGGUGUCGGACCCGAGGAACACUUGAAGAGUAAAAAUAUUGAAGUUGUUUCAAACUUGCCAGUAGGCGAAAAUCUGCAGGAACACAUUUGUGUCGUUCUUAUACACAAUAUGGACAAAUUAACUGAACCUUUCCCACAACCCAGUCCUUAUGAGUUACCUGGUUCAUCGUUCACUGGUUUUGUUGCUCUGAACAAGUCGUCCAACUACCCUGAUUACCAAGUAAUUACUUACAUAGCUUCCGCGGAGAAUAUGAUGUACUAUUGCACAUUUGCUUUCCGAUUUAGUGAUGAAAUUUGUAACAACAUGCACAAACAAGCUAUAAAUCGUCUUCAAGCGUUCAAUGAGAUAUUAAACAUUGCGCCAAAGUCAAGAGGCAAGGUAUUGUUGAAAAGUACUAAUCCGGAAGAUGCUCCUCUUGUUUACAAUGGCUUCUUUUCGAACAAAGACGAUGUUGAGGCUCUAGUUGAUUACAUUUUUGAUUAUCUUCCAAUCAUGAAUACCACUUAUUAUAGGGAAGUAGACGCCGUAAUGUCAGAUGCAUAUCCCGCUUGUAAUGAAUUCGGAAAAGAUACCCGAGAGUAUUGGCGCUGUUACGUAAUGUGUGUGUCUUCUGGAUUGAGUCACAUGACCAGCACAUGCCCCAUGGGUACCGUCGUCGAUGGCAAAUUGCGAGUUCAUGGCGUGAAAGGUCUACGUGUAGCUGACGCUAGUGUGAUGCCUACAAUUACAAGAGGAAACCCCAUGGGCACAGUGUACAUGAUUGCAGAGAAGGCAGCCGAUAUGAUUAAGAAAGACUAUAAUCUGAUUUAAAAUUACCAUCUGUAUAAAGAGUGGAACCAUAUUCAGCAUUUUUGUUAUGGUUUUUUAGCAUAGUAUUUGUUUUUCGUAGAAGGCUUACAAAAAUGAAGAAAUAUUCGUUCCUAAUAAAC